AUGAACCAUGGCUACGGUAACAAUAGUGAAAGGAUAGUAAAAAUUGCCAAACACAAAGAAGAUAAAUAUUACUAUUUCCAGUUGAAAGUAUCUGCAAAGUUAAUCGAUUUUCGGUGA